GGCGCGGGAAGGCGCUGAAGUUAGUCGCUCUUGCUAGUUCCUCUCGCAGCUCUGUCCCGUUCUGUUGUGUGCGAAACCCUCACCUUUGCCUAUGCUCCACUUACGAAGAAAACAAACUUGGCUCUCUUCGUUUGUUUCUCCAUUGCACGUUGUUUUGCUUAUUUUUUGUUGGACUUCCCUAUCUUCAUCUAAAGUUUUAUGCCCGAGGAUUAUGUGAGGAAAUGAAAUAGUAGAAGAUAUUGUUUGAUAUUUUAAUUAUGCCGUUUUGUGGAAAUCUUCAUCCAUGGUAGGUUAUUGUUUACAUUUGGAUUUUAAAAAUAAUUACUGUGGUGAAAUCGUAUAUUUGAAAGGUGAAUUCUGUAAAUUUCAUAAUGAAUAAUUAACGCGUAUUUUGGUUAAAUUGUCAACCGUGAAUCAAAAAUUAAGGAAGAGCUAUUUGGUAUAUGCAAAUGUUGCGUUUGUUACGUUCUUAAACACAGGAAAGGAAAUAUUCAUCUUGGAAGUAUUUUUAAAAACAUUUACUGCGGCUGGAAAUAAUUUUUAAUCACAUUAAAAUAUUUUUUAUUACGUAAACUUUUAAAGAACUAUGUGGUAUCCAUUUUAAUUAAAGAAUUUAUUUAAGAAGAUAUUUUUCAGGUGAAGUAAAGUUAUUCCGUAGAUAUACGAAACAUAUCUUCCAUCAAAAUAUAUUCUGGAUUUAUGGUUGCAUACAUGUAUAAUGUGUAUUAAGUAAUUUAAGAGAAAUUUAGGAAUGAAGAUAAAUCAAACUUUGUGGAUUGUGAAGAUAUUAUCAAUCAAAGAAGAUUUUUUUUUCAUACAAGUACUCCAUUUCUGUAACUCAAAAAGAGUAUAAAUUUUAAAUAUUACAAACGAGAGUACCUGAGAUAAAAGCUUCUUUUCAUUCGUAAAAGAAUUCGGUAAAAACACUUUUUAACUACAAGUGAACACGUUUAAACUUUUUAUGUCUUUAUAAACGUCCAUCUUGGUAGAGAAAAAAAAAUCUUUUCGCGAUAAAUCUUCUUUCUGAAAAGUACCAUUUAUUUUUCAGCGAGGAAAGCUUCUUAAGCUGCCGUAAAUCGCCUAAGAUGCUCAAGGUACAGAACCUGACAGUUUGACUUAUUUUCAAAAGAACAAUGAGCUCAUUAUGCCCCACAACAAGAACAACACAGGGAAAGAUGUCCCGACCCUUGUAAACACAAACCCAAGUAGGUAGGAAGGAAAAGUGAUACAACAAAGAUAGUGUGCGGCACUUCAAAUAUCCAGUGAAUCGUGGUUUUGUGUGAAAAAAAGAACUUAUUUUCGAAUAUGGAAAUGAAAGUAGCCCUUACAAGGACUGCGACAGCAACUAUGUGGACCAUUUCGGGAUGCCUUUUGAUGGUAGCCGCCUUAGUGGGUGGGUUUAACAUCGACACGAAGAGUGCCGUGAUACACAGAGGCACAGCGGGAUCCAUGUUUGGAUUUUCCGUGUCACUCUUCAGGGACAAAGGAAACAGUUGGAUUCUUGUAGGAGCGCCUGCGGCCACGACAAGCCAGCCUAAUGUUACCGAAGGCGGAGCCGUUUAUAGAUGCGGAACAGAAUCGACUUCCUUCUGCAACAUCAUUCCUUUCGACGUUACUGGACCCAAAACUGUGAGCAUUGGCAGAGACAUAGUAUACACAGAAAGUAAAUCUAAUCAAUGGUUUGGCGCCACUAUUGAUGCUUCAGCUGAAAAUGGAUUGGUGGUAGCCUGUGCUCCUCGUUAUGUACAUUUUUCUAUUAAUUACCAAAGAAGAGAACCAGUCGGUACCUGUUAUAUCGCCAGAAAUUCCCUGGGAAGCUUCGAGGAAUAUUCCCCUUGCAGAACAUCAUCAUCUUGGGGUUUGCACAGACAAGGCCAUUGUCAAGCAGGCUUUUCGGCAGCUUUGACGGAGAGUGGAAGGCAGUUGUUUGUUGGAGCUCCUGGAAGUUGGUAUUUGCAAGGUCAAGUAUACUCACGUGAUCUUAUUUCAAAUACAGAGGAUAGAAAAACAAAAGAAUCUCCUGGAGAAUACGAUGACAGUUAUCUAGGCUAUUCCUUAGCUGCAGGCAAGUUCACUGCCGACGGUGACACAGGGGUAGUAGUCGGCAUGCCUCGUGGAAAUAAUCUUAGUGGGCAGGUAGUAAUUUUUGAUUCGUUGCUAAACAUUAUACAAAAUAUUAGUGGAGAUCAAAUGGGCUCUUAUUAUGGAUACGCUGUUUGUGUGUCGGAUGUAAAUGGAGAUGGUUUGGAUGACAUAGUGGUUGGUGCACCUCUAUAUACUGAUCUGCAGUCAAAAGAAAGCAAGUAUGAAGAAGGAAGUGUUUAUGUACAUUAUCAGAAUGCUGAGCAUAUAUUCGACGAAGAUAAUAAGAGUGUGCUAAAUGGCACUUACACAAGGGGUCGCUUUGGACUAGCCUUGGCAUCCCUCAAGGACAUCAACAGAGACGGUUAUGAAGAUUUUGCAGUUGGUGCUCCAUAUGCCGGAAAAGAUGCUAGAGGAAUUAUUUAUAUCUAUCAUGGCAGUUCAUCAGGAAUCAGAGAAAAGCCAUCCCAGGUUAUUACACCAGAAGACAUCGCCGAUUCCGGUUUGAGCACGUUAGGAUUUGCAAUUUCUGGUGCCAUGGAUAUGGAUUCCAACGAGUAUCCAGAUAUUGUUAUUGGAGCUUACGAAUCAGAUCGCGUGAUAUUUAUGAGGUCUCGACCGGUUGUAAAUAUUUCUUCAAGUAUGAUACUCAGCAAAGAAGUUAUUAGCCUCGAAGACAAAACUUGCAAUUUGAAAGACAAGACCAAAGUAGCUUGCAUUGAAGCUACUUUAUGUCUUUCGUACAAUGGCCUCGGAGUAGCCCCAGAAAUCGAUCUUUCCUAUCAGUACACGCUGGAUGCAAAUCAACGAAGUUCACGAGUACUGUUUCUGGAUGCAGAUCCUGUCCAACUAGCAAGUAGAACUCGCAAUAUUCGGCUGAAGAAAGACGUUCAAUACUGCAAUACCAGCACUGUUUACAUACAAAAUGGUAUUCGGGACAAAUUAACGCCUAUUGAAAUUAAAGCCAGUUACGACCUCAUCGACCUUGAACCUUACCGAUUCGUAUUGAAACCGAUAUUAAAUAAGAAUGUUCCAACUGCAGCAUCUAAUGAGUUGAACAUCGAAAAGAACUGUGGUAAAGAUGAUAUAUGCAUUCCCGAUCUUCAGCUUUUUGUCAUAUCAAAUAUGGACCAAUAUUCAAUUGGUACAAAGAAAAGGUUGGAGUUAGAUAUAACUAUUCGAAAUGCAAAAGAAGAUGCUUUUGAAGCCAUGCUGUAUGUCUCGAUACCACUGGACGUAAAUUACGUUAAUAUUGAUCGUUCAAAACUAGACUUCCCUGUUAGUUGCAGUGGAGCUCAGCCCGAAAUCACAGGAGUCAAUGAACUUAUUUGCGACAUUGGAAAUCCACUUCCAGCCAACAAAACGUUGAAUUUCAAAAUCCUCCUGGAGCCAUCUCGCGUUGUAUCUUCCACCAGUGAUCUUGUGUUCUCUAUGAUUGUAAACAGUACAAAUGCUGAAAGUAAUGAUACACUGUUCAAUAAUGCAUUUGAAAUAGAACUGCCAGUGCGGGUUGAAGUAUCUAUUGCAGUUAGAGGAAUUUCUGUUCCUGAAGUAAUAACCUAUAACAAGUCCGAGGAAAUACAAGAUUAUAAAAUCCGAGAGACAGAUAUAGGGCCUGAAGUGACACAUGUCUAUGAGGUGGGAAAUCAAGGUCCCAGUUCUGUCAAGCAAGCCGAAGUGUACAUUCUUUGGCCUACUUAUACACUGGAAGGUAAACAUUUGCUUUAUUUGAUGGCUCAACCAGAUGUAAGAGGAAAUGCUCAAUGCGAUCGAAUUGAUGAUGUUAAUCCUUUGAACCUACAGGAAGUUCGCCGUCGACCAAGAAAUCACAAUUUGAGCGUUCAAGACUUGAAGGAGCAUAUGCUUCUUAAUAAACACAAAUUCAAAAGUAUGGAUUCCAUUCAUGAAAACAUGGUUCGAAGCAAACGGAAGAAGAGAGAUGAUUCUUACGUUAUGUCUGAUGAAAGCGAAGAACGCUAUCUCAGCGACGAAGGAGAAGAUGCUUUUCUCGAAGAACUGUCUUGUGGACCUACAUUGUGUACAAAAAUUCGAUGUACUAUCUCUAACUUAGAAAAAGGGGACCAGGUUAUUUUUAGUAUACGUUCCAGGCUUUGGAGAGAAACGUACAACGAGUUGGGUUUAAGUGAAGUGAAGACAUCAUCAAAACUUGUCACACGAAUAACUGCUCUUCCAUAUGGCGUAGAUCCCAGUUAUUUGCCCUACAAAAUAUAUGUGGUUUCCACAAAAGUCAGUUUACUUGACGUUGCAUUAGCACCGUAUAUGAUUCCAUGGUGGAUUAUCAUCUUGGCUAUUUGCUGCGGUUUGAUCCUUCUUGGCCUUUUAGCUCUACUUCUGUGGAAGCUUGGAUUCUUCAAGCGCAAAAGGCCCCAAGAAGUUCCAGAAAAAGAACCAUUGAAUGAAAGAAAUGGAUAUCGUAUGACAAGUGGGGAUGCUGCUUUGUGAUGAACUUAAUUUUUUAGGCUAUCAUGUUGAACUGACUGACGUGAUAUUAGACUUAAAGUCAUUAAACAGUCUUUUAUAACAAAUUAAUAGCAUUUUCUUUGUGAUUGCGAAACUUUGAUAUUUGCAUCAUCUUGCAAUAUAACUUCCUGAUGACGUCAUCAUUAUUGUAAAAUGAGACAAUAAUUAUGAGAAGACAUUCAGAGGAAAAUUUCAAAGUGUAAAGGGAUAAUUAAAGUGUUUAUCUCCUAAAAAGACCUGAAAACAGAACGAAAAUUUGAGGAAACACAGAAUAUAUAAACUUUUCUAUGUCUUCCUUGCAAAAUCCAGAAUUAUAUUCUUCCAUAUAUGAAUACGCUAUGAAGAAAAUGAAUGUCCUCAGCGAACGACAAAUUAAAAACCUCUGCAGACAUCCAGUUUACUUCUAUAUAGCUACAGGAAAAUAAAUAUGCAUUUUAUUCAGAAUAUAGACACAGUAAAAUUUAAAUUUACUGAAAAUUUAAAUUGAUUUCACUAAUGCUAACUCGCAAUUAUAAUUUAUAAACUUUAUAUGGAAGACGCACAAUUGUGCUUCGCAGUAAACUCAAAAGUUGUCAUACAGCUUUUGGCAUUAGGGACUUCUUACUGAAAUGCAUUAUUUAUUAUUUUAUGAAACUCACAUCAAAGUUUACAGAAUUCUUUGAAAAGUGCCUUAAUUUAGAGUGUGUACAAAGUUACAGAACAUUUUCGAUAUGGCAGUUACAGACGCUGCACUUUACUUGUGCUUCUUCAAAUAAUGUGAACUAAUAUUUUAAUUUCAACUUUAAUUUAUGGAUUUUUUUUUCUUCUUUUUUACAAUAUCAAAUUGUAUAAACAUUUUAUCUUGUGUUAAACUGAAGUAAAAGUUUUGAGCCAUGUA